AUGGGAACAUCCCGGAGAAGCUGGUUUGCCAUUGUCCGAGAAAGGUUUGCCCGACCAUCUCCCCGGGAAACCAUUAUUGUCCUCCAUACCAAUAACACCAUAACUGCAAGCUUCAGCGAGGAAGACGCAACUACGAGAGAAGAAGACCUCAACACCCAAAUCAUCCAACUCGGGAACCCUAUCGCUGUUUCAUCUUCAUCAACCCAAAAAGAGUUUUUAUCCGAAGAACGCAUUGCAGCCAUCAAGGUUCAAGCACAUUUCCGGGGCAAGAAGGGCAUUUCGAGCCCUGAAGUCUCUUGUGAAGCUACAAGCUAUAGUUCGUGGGGUGUGCGUGAGAAGACAGGCUCGUAUAGCUUUGCAUUGCAUGCAUGUAGUUGCCCGGUUACAAGUCAAUGUUCGGGGACGGCAGCUCCUGAGCAGGUGUAG